AGGAGGUCGGCUGUGUAUAAACGCAGCGAGUGAAGAUUAAGUACUGCUGUUCGCAGAAGUAAUUUUGUUCGUUAAUAUAGGUAAACUUGUCAGUACGGGCAAGGUGGAAAGUAAGUUCACAUCAUAAUUUAUGCGCUGAAUCAGUUACUGAAUUACCACCUCAUUAUAAAGUGCGAUUGAACUUGGUCUAUUGUCGCGAGCGGAGGGAAGUAUUCAACUUGGCAUUGCGGCUUUAUAGGUUGAGUAGAUCGCUUCGAUACGCGGUGAAACACGGUUUCCUUGUGGACGUUCAAAGUUGAACACUACAGUUUCCCCAAGCAUUACAAUGGCUCUGCAUCUCCUGUGCUGGAGUACAUAUGUGUCUUGACUAGACAAUCAACCAACCAAGCCACAAAAGAAAAGACUUGUAUUUACCAGGGGCUGAGACUUAGUGUUCUGUUCUUUGCCUGUGGACUUCACCAUGCCUAUCCUCAAGCAGCUCGUAUCAGGCUCCUCUCAGUCCAAGAGGCGCUCUCGUGUGGACCUAACCGCAGAGAUGAUCAGUGCCCCGCUGGGUGAUUUUCGCCACACCAUGCACGUGGGGCGAGGGGGUGACGCCUUUGGGGACACUUCAUUCCUCAGCAGUCACUCUGGGGAACCCCCGCGUGAGCCAGAGGUCCAACAGAACUCCCCUAAACAGAGCCUUCUCUCCCGCACCUUCAGAAGCAGCAAGCGUUCCCAGUCUGUUAACCGAGCAGACAAGCUGGAAAAACCCAAAGUGGCGACCUCCGGAGACUCACGCAAUUCCGUGAAGAACGCCAUCUCGCUGCCGUACCUAAAUAAUGAGGACGUGAACGGAGGCGGAGUUCGUUUUCCCAAGAGUGUGUCGUCCAGUCCUCUGAAGAAGUUCCCAGAGGUUGACGUUAAGCCGGCCAACGGUGCUGCAGCUUCAGCUGUGCCGGACCUAGAGCAAGACGAGCGGGACUUUGGGGAGCCCACAGACCUCCCGCCGUCAGUUCCUCGCACGGGGGGCAUGAAACACGCCGAAUCCAUUAUGUCCUUUCACGUCGACCUGGGCCCCUCCAUGCUGGGUGACAUCCUGAGCGUGAUGGAUAAGGAGUGGGUUGAGAAUGAUCUCAGUUACGAGGAAGGAAUGGGCGGAGAAGGUCACGCCUCACCCUCUCUCAGCCUCCCGAACAAUAAGGAGGAGAAUGAAGGAGCACCACCACCGGCCCGUCCUCCCCGCCAGACACCCAACUGUAACCCCCCUGUCCCUGGGCUCUACACCCAGAAGGACAGCCAUCACGUGGACAGUUAUUCAGGCGAUCUGGAGCAGGAGCAGAAGGCACACGUCCCAAAUACAAGAAACGGCCAGUACAGUUUGGCUGAAGAUAGGGACGACAGGGACUUCACCUUCAUGGACGAUGAGGAUGAGGAUGAGAUCCGAGUGUGAGAUGGGAGAAUCUUGGUCAGACAAAGUGUACAUUAAGAGAGGGAGCAGCUGAUUAGGGGGAUACAGAAUCUUUUAUAAGCUGGGAGAAACUGUGUGUUUUUAUAGAGGCUAAAGGGAAGAGGACAGAGUGAUUCACGAGAUGAACUGAGAAUCAAAAUACACAUCACUGCAGCUAUGCCACCUUACUUAUCUUUAUGAUGCAUCCCGGACAUGGGUGGGUGUGUGUGUGUGUGUGCGUGC